CCGAGUUAUACUUGAAUUGGGGUAAUGGAAAAAGUAUUGGGAGUAAGAUGAGAAUGAGGUAUCCUUUACCCCUCUGAGGUUUCCAGUUCAUCACAACCCACCCAUUCUCUUUUCUGUACUCUUUCACCAACCUCUAUUCUAAGAACUCAAACCAGGUUUCUCUAUUUCUUUGCCUAUUUCUUGAAAUUAUGGCUGAAUACUCCAAGAUUGACCUAUCAUCUUCAAAAGAGAGAGGAUGGGCUACAGAAGAGGACGAUGCAGAGAGUGCUCUGUUACAAAACAGAAGAAUUGGUCCGUCACGAUCGUCGACGUGGCAUUGGCUUCGCGAGGAAAGGCGGACUGUGACUCUCCAUGCAAUCUUCUUGCUUUCCAACAUUCUAGCUUUAAUGGCAUAUGCUUCAGGAUGGCUAUCCAUUCGGAACCUAUCAGAUCCCCAUUCGAAGACACCAAUGCGCCAUGUUAUAUCCUAUGAAAGCCGGCCGUUUGCACUUCAGUCGAUUUAUUUGGCCAACGGGACAAUAAAUCCAACCAAGUCAAACAACUUCAAUGGACAACCAAGACCCGAGCUAGAAAGCGCUUGGGAAGAACUCAUGCAGCAUCAAAACGUCCGUGUUCAUCAGGAUGAACUGGGAGACUUUGCGCACGAUGAUUCCGUUGUCAAACUUGCCGACGGUAGCGGCGAAUACUACAGCACUGUGGCGGUCUUUCACGGGCUUCACUGUAUCCAGAGACUUCAGAAGUCAAUGUAUCCCGAAACCUAUUACCCCGGGUUGACCAAGGAGGAGAUCUUUACUCUACAGAGACAUACAGAACACUGCCUGGAUUGGCUACGUGAGUAUCUCAUGUGCAACGCCGACACAUCCCUCAUUCCUAUCCAAUGGUCAUCAGAUUCCCCAGGGCCUAUUGCUACCGAUACCGGAAAACAUCAGUGUGUUGUUUGGGAGCCAGUCUAUAAUUGGAUGGCCAGCCGCGCGUUCAACCCAUCCCAACCCGGCAUGCUCGUGCAUCCCAUUUUUGGAGAUGCGUACAAUAAAUCGAGCGAGCAUAACCAUGCACUUGGAAUUACACCUUUGGGUCAUGGAGGAGUGCUACACGUCGGACACAAUGAGCACAGCGGGCAUGACGGCCAUGAUUCUGAUCAUCAUUGAUAAUUGAGAGUGGG